AUGACAGGAUUAACAGUAGUCGGACUAUUAGCAGUGGGUCUUGCACUUGCAAAUGCAUAUGGAGCUGGUGGAGGUUCCAUUACAGGAUCUGGAGCUAGCGCCAUUGCUAGUGCUGUUGCCAAUGCUGCUGCAUCGGCUGGUGGCAAAGCUGGUGCCCAUAGUAGUGCAAGUGCCUCGGCUGGUGCUUCUGCAGGAGCUGGUGGUGCAUUGGGAGGUGGCUAUGGAUCUGCAGGUGCAUCUGGUUCGGCUGGUGUAGUAGGUGGUUCUGGCCAUGGUUCUGCCAGCAGUAGUGCUAGUGCCAGCGCAGGAGCCGGAGGUGCAAUUGGUGGUGGUGGUAUUGGAGGAAGUCAUGGUGCAGGUGGUGUUGGAUUGGGUGGCGGCCAUGGAUCAGGAGUUGGUGGCGGACUUGGUGGUUCUGGAUCAGCUGGAGGUGCCUUGAGUGGUGGUAUUGCUGGAGGCCAUGGUUCAGGUUCUGCUGGUGGCCUUGGAGGUGGUUUAGGUGGCGGCCUUGGUACCGGUGUUGGAGGGGGCCAUGGUUCAGGAUCAGGUUUUGGUCUUGGAGGUGGAUUAGGCGGUGGUCAUGGAAGUGGUUCCGGUGGAGGCUAUGGCUCAGCAGGUGCAGUUGGUGGUGGUAUUGGAUCUGGUGCUGGUCUUGGAGGUGGUUUAGGCGGUGGUCAUGGAGGUGCUUCUGGUGGAGCCUAUGGCUCAGGAGGUGCAGUUGGAGGUGGUAUUGGAUCCGGCUCUGGUCUUGGAGGUGGAUUAGGUGGUGGUCAUGGUGGUGCUUCUGGUGGCGGUUACGGCUCAGGAGGUGCAGUUGGUGGUGGUAUUGGAUCCGGUUCUGGUAUUGGCGGUGGAUUAGGUGGUGGUCAUGGAGGUGCUUCUGGCGGAGGCUACGGCUCAGGAGGUGCAGUUGGUGGUAGUAUUGGAUCCGGCUCUGGUCUUGGAGGUGGAUUAGGUAGUGGUCAUGGAUCCGGUUCUGGUCUUGGAGGUGGAUUAGGCGGAGGUCAUGGAUCCGGUUCUGGUCUUGGAGGUGGAUUGGGUGGUGGUCAUGGAAGUGGUUCUGGUGGAGGUUAUGGCUCAGGUGCUGGAGUUGGCGGAGGCAUUGGAUCAGGUUCUGGUCAUGGUGGUGCGGGAGGAAUCGGUGGUGGAUUAGGUGGUGGUCAUGGUGCUACUGGUGGCAGUGCUAGUGCUGGAUCUUCAGUUGGCGUUAUUGGCGGUGGUCAUGGUGCUGGACUAGGCGGUGGAGCCGGCGGUGGAUCAGGAGGCGGUUAUGGCUCUGGUAAAGGUGCAGGUGCAGGAUUGGGUCUCGGUGGCGGCAUUGGUGGUGGACAUGGAAAAGGUGGCGGUUUCAGCAUCGGUGGAAGCAUUGGCGGCGGUCAUGGUAAUGGUGCUGGUUUGGGCAUCGGUGGCGGAGUUGGUGGUGGAAAAGGUCAUGGUUUAGGCCUCGGUGGAGGUCUUGGACAUGGUGCUGGACUUAUAGCCGGUAAAGGAGCUGCCAUCGCCAGCGGCAUUACAUCAUCCAUAGCUUCUGCUAUAUCUGGAGCUAAAGGUGGUUACGGUGGUGGCGGAUUAUCCGGUGGUUUUGGAGGUAGCGGUUUAUCCGGCGCCGGUGGCCAUUCGGGCUCUAUUGCUGGAGGUGGUGGACAUGCUUCAGUUUCAUCAUCAGCCUCGGCAUCUGCCUCAUCAGCAUCGAAGGGAAUUUCCGUUGGAUAUGGCAAAUAA